AUGGGCAUGGGUGGGCUAUCACCUAUGGGAGGACCAGGAUCGAAUGGUCCUCGUGGCAUGGGUUCGCCAAUGCCAGGUGGGCCUGGUCCUGGCCAAGGCUCACCUAUGAAUUCACUGCCAAUGGGUUCACCAAUGAGCGGCGCUAUCGGCAGUCCUCUGGGACCGCCAACGUCUCAACAAGGUCCUCAUCCGCAAAAUCAGUCUCAACAUCCUCCGCCUCACAUGAAUAACGGCCAAAUGGGCCCACCUCCCAUGCACAGUCCACUUGGAAAUGGACCGACGCAGCAGAACCAUAUGUCUGGAGGUCCAGGACCUGGCCCUGGACCCGGUGGACAGCUACAGCCCCCAGGCAUGGGUCCAAAUCAAGGUGGUAUCUCUCCUGCUCACAGUAUGGCCUCAAACACAAGUGGCAAUAGCAAUAACCCCAACAACAGCAACAAUAACAACAAUCAAAAUCCAAUGCUUUCCCCUGCGGCACGACAUGGUAUACCACAAUCACCGUCAUCCAGUAUGAAUGGACCCCUGCCGACUUCAUCUUCCUGUACGUCCUCCUCAUCAAGCUCAGCGACAACGACGUCCACUGCGUCAACGUCAGUGCCUACAACUUCGCCAGCGCCAGGCAACGGACCGAUGGCGAUGUCUCCACAUCAUCAAAUGAGUGGGAGUGGGCCUGGACCUAGUCCUGGUCCCGUUGGCAUGAACAAUAUGAGCGGCCAUGGACCCAGUCCCCUAGCCUCUCCAGCUUUACCUGGUCAUCCGAAUUCAAACAGCAGCAACAACAACAGUAAUACAGGUGGUAAUAAUCCCAUGAAUAAUAUGGGUGGUGCUAGUCCUCAUAGUAAUAACGGGCCUAUGGGAGGACCCUCAAUGGGUGGACCCAACAACAGCAACAACAAUAAUGGUAUAAAUAUGGGCGGUGGUGGAAGUGGUGGACCGAUGCAACAACAAAUGAAUCCUAAUGUUCCUAUGCAGCAACCGCAACAGUCACCGCACGCAAAUAUGCCCAUGGGCAGUGGCGGCUCCGGCGGCAAUGGUCCUAACUCAAUGGGUAUGGGUGGCCCCAAUCAGAUGUUACCUCCCCAACAGCCAUCGCCGCAUCUCAGUGGACCACAACACUCACAACUCAUGAAUCAUCACGGUGGUCCCGGUGGAAUGCCUUCACCUCACAUGAUGCACGGUCCUGGCGGCGGCAUGGGCCCUCAAAUGGGCAUGGGUGGAGGACCACCAAAUCACAUGGGUGGACCUCAUCACAUGAUGAGUGGCGGUCCACAUCACAUGGGACCUGGUCCUAAUUCGCAUAUGGCAAGACUGAAAACAAAUUACCGUAACUCUUUAAAAUUCACCUCACAAACGAACAUAUAA